AUGUCACCUCUUCUUCCUCCUCCCCUCCCCUCCUCUACUCGACACAAGUCGCCAACUUAUUCACCCUACCGUCACCAAGACAAGGACUUCGACUACGAUAACAACGACGAAGACCUCUUCAACAGACUAGAGGAACUAGUAAAACAGCAAGCUCGCAUCAGCGAACAGUCGCUACUUGAGGAAGAGGAACGCAGAUACCAACAAGACAGCUACGAACAAGUUCUGGACCCGCAAGGCACCUUGAACGACGUCAACAGUAACAACGUCGAUUUUGACCUUGACCUUGACGACAACACGGGGGACCAUCUCUUCGACUAUCCUUCCCCAGACCACCACUACAACAACCCCUCUCCGACUUUCCCUCCUCCUCGAUUCGUCCAUACCCUCACCUCUCGACCUUUCAAUCCCUUGCCCUCUUCCGUCCUGUACCCCUACAAGAACGACCGUCAUCCCUCCUCUCAAUUUUAUCCUGCAGCAUCUCCUUCACACUACUCAAAUCAGCACAACCCAUACGAACCGAACGAGCAGUUGCCUUUGAGUCAAUCUCGAUACUUCCCUUCGCCUACAACAUACCCCUACCACGACUGGAGACCCACAACCACCUACCCGCCGUCGUAUAGGCAGACCUUCUUGGCUUCUCGCAACGGUUACUCUAACAACAUCGACCCUACUUUUCGCGACCCUUUCCCAGGCCCUUACCCAACGUUGACAACCACUCCUCAGCCGACUGACCCCGACAGGGACGGCGACGACCUGGACUUGACCUGGCUGGUGGCCUUUGUCCUCACUACUGCAUUCAUCAUUUCCAUCGUAUCGGCAAUCCGGACCUGUGGCCAAAAGGCUGGCUGGCUCACAGGAUCCUCUGUUUCUUUGUCGUCCUCGCCCGCUUCAUCUUCCUCCCCUCACCAUCGUCGCAACGGCGGGACUGGUCGAGGCGGUCGACGAGGAUUUGGCAACGCUUUAUUGGUCCCUGACUCGGAGGUUGAUCCAGAAGCAACCCCCGACCGACUCAACACCCUCUCCGAUGCUGACCGUCAAGCUUACGACGCUGCUGAAGUCUCAGCAUGGGAGUUCGAACCAUCAUAUGACCACCAGCUCUAUGUUCAUGACCGGACUGAGCUCUCGUUCUUUGAUCGGGUGGCCUCUGUGCAGACCAAUCUACCGCUCCCGAAGCAGCAGGAGGUCUACUACUGGGAGGUCAAGAUGUUUGAAAAGAGUCCUCGCACCACCAUCGCCAUUGGAGUCGCCACCAAGCCGUAUCCUUCCACUCGCCUUCCAGGCUGGAACCGCCAUUCGGCUGGAUACUUUUCAAACAAUGGCCAGAAAUACUGUAACUCUCUGUGGAGCGGAGUACCCUUUGGACCAACCUAUUUCGAAGGAGAUGUAGUCGGAUGUGGAUACAGACCCAGGAACGGAACCAUUUUCUUUACAAGGAACGGAAAACGGAUUGAUGAUGCGUUCACAGGAUAUGGACGCACGAACUUGUUCCCGACUGUUGGUGCAACAGGACCCUGUGUUCUUCAUAUAAAUUUUGGACAAUCUGGGUUCGUCUUUGUAGAGGCGAACGUCAAGAAAUGGGGUCUUGCUCCUGCGGCAGGAUCGUUGGCGCCUCCACCAGCUUAUGGCAGUGAACUGGGCUCGAUACUGUUGGAAGCGGCCGGGUCUGGAGCAGCAGCAGCAGCGGGAUCUGGGUCAGGAAUGUUGCCACAACGUUUCACGAGCUCGUCGUCUUCUGGAUCAUUGGCUGGGACUGGACGACCUAUCAUGCAGCAUUCGAGUCCCUCGAGGACUCGCAUUUCCCCUGCCAUUGGGAACGGAGGGGCUGAUGGUCUUUCGCCUGUACCGAUUACUGCCGCCAACAUGUCUGCGCCUCCACCCAACUACUCGAGUUUGGACCGGUAUGGUCAUCCCAGGACGGAUCAGCCAUCAUUGGUUGCACAAGUGCAGGGACUGGUGGAUGAUGAUGACACGGCUAGUAUUGCGAGCGAUGACAGUACCGGGUCAGCAACGUUGCUUUUGAACGACGCGCUACUGGACCAUGACAUUGACGACCAUCACGAUGUCUAG